CUCCCAAAAAAGUUUAAAGUAAUUUCGGGGAAUUAUUCGUUUUUGAAAGACCCUGCUUCCUGGAGAAAUAAACUUCUUAGCUUUUGGCAGUCCCUUCUUCAUUUUUUUUAUGUGUUUGAAAAAUUGUACAAGCUUUGAUCAAGAAUUUAAACAAAGCUUUAAGAAAAGAUAGACUGAAAAAAAUAAAAAAAAAUAUGUAUGUACAUGCAUCGGUAAUAAUGCAAAGGUUUGUGGAUUAUCACAAUGCUGAACCCUUAAGCUUCGGCGAAGGCAUUGAAUUCGUGCUUGAUCGGAUUUCCAUCGAACCCGAGGAUCGUCAAACUUUCAAGGAAGAUGCUCAGCAAAUUGAAAAUGAGUUCAUCCGGGCCAUAUCCCGCCUAGAUCCCUUUUUCGCCUCGGCUUUCCGGGGUCUCGCUUUGACGGGUAGUAAUCUGGAUGAUGUCCGGAUCAAUCUGCCGGAUGAGUUCGAUUUGCUGACCACUGUACAGCUGCCAUGUGAAGUAGAACCGAUUUCUGUGAAAGAUCAUCGCAGCUAUGUUUGUCUACGGGUUAGCGGGUCUAAUAUUCCCCACCACCUGGUAAAUGUGGAAGAUGGAGAAUACUACAUAAGCCGUCGGAAGGUGCAGUCCUGGUUCCGGGACAACAUCAAUGAAGUAAUCCCUCAGCUGAACAACAUCCGUUGCGAAGGCGGGCGAUCCUACGAGCUGAAGAACAUUACCGGUGGCCAUAUAGCCCACACCAUUAAGGCUACUUGCUUAUCCGAUCCCGGACGAAAGAUUUGCUUUGACUUCGUGCCCGCUUUUAAGUUCGCCGGAUCGGAGUGGCCUCGGGUUUUUCCACGGUUCAGUGAUGGGCAUCGCAGCUGGUACGCCACUCCCUGUAAAUAUCGAUAUCCCGGUGCUGUGGAUGAUCCGCUAUCCUUCAUCGUCUGUGCUCCUUACUGGGAGCGAAUGGUGCUGAGCAAGAAGCAGAAUCUCAAGGACGGAUUAAGGCUGAUGAAAGCUCUGCGAGAUGCGAAUGAUAUGCCCAUGAUCUUCAGCUACACAAUCAAGAGUGUCUUUCUAAAUGCAACCAAUAAAAAGAUGAUCAACUGGAACCAGUCACCCGGUCGCAUACUCAUCCGAGCACUCGUCUAUUUGGCGAUGUCCCUCCGCCGGGGUUUCCUCCCGUUCUACUUGAUGCCAGAUGCUAAUGUCUUGGAGGCCCUUUCCGUGGACCAGAGGCGGGACUAUUCCUCAAGACUUUGUCGCAUUUUGCGACGGCUCAUCAAGUGCCGCGACCGCGACUGCAUGUAUCCAGAUGAUAUGGAGUUUAUAUUUGGGAUGCGGUACUAGAUAUACAUUUUUGUUCUUAUAAGGGGUUAUAUGCAGUAAGACGAUAAAAUGCAUUUAAUUUUUAUUUUAUUUUAUUAAUGUACAUAUAUUUAAGAAUACACACUGAAAAUUUCAUAUCGUCCCGAUGAACAUUUUCAAAGUUACACCCAAAUUUUUAAAGGCUUUUCAGAGUGCUUGCAUGUACAAGUACAAACUUUAAACGCGUUUUACUCAUAAUGGUGUUUUUAAAGUCGCAAACAGCUUAACCGAUUAGUCUCCAAUUUUAACACGAGCUUCUUAAUGUACUUUUUAGUAAUUAAUCGAAGAUAAGCAAUUUAAGACCGAAAUUUGCUAAAAAAAUCAAUUUUUUUGUUUGAGAAGCCGUCAUUUUAUCAAAAAACUUUAUUUUGCUUAUACCUUCCAUUAAUUACUAGAUUUGACAAUACCUUAGCGACAUUUCUUUAAUUUUUUUAUUUCGGAGAUCCCAGUCCAAAGAUAUAGAUUAGCUUUAGCUCCUUUCCAAAUAAAUAUUAUUCCAAUACAAAAUCUUAACAUUGUAUGUGUACAAAAUAUCAUAUUAAUUAUUUUCUUCAGGUAAAAUAGUUUUUUUUUCGCUUUCUAACUGUACAGACAAUUACUGUCAUUAAUUUGUGUCCUUAUUAAUAAUUAACAGAAU